UUGAGCACCAGCAUGAAACCAAAACUACUCGCGCUGCAUUGUUGUGUUAGCAUGCUAAUGCUAGCGAUCUUUAUUACGCUCGUAUCUUCACACAUUCACACAUUCAGGUACAUUUACCUGAAAUGAGCGUGAUCUAGAAACACAGUUAAGCAGUGAGUACAGUAUGUUAUUCUUCUUUUCUCUAGUCCCUCAAUUAAACAACUUUUAUACGCGAGGGGAUGUAAACAAACUCAAGAUAGGACUUUGUAAACUUUGAAAACAUCACAGACAGUGGGACUCAGGUGUUACACCCAUUGUAGAGUCAUUACUCACAGAGUUAUUUUCAGAGGAUAUACUUGAUUUAUAUUACAAUUUAAGUGUGAAAAAUCGCAUAUAAAGCCUUUAAGAUAACAAAAAUAUUCAAUUGAGUGUGAACAAUGCAAAGAAAACAAUUUUUAAACAGCUAAAUAAGUGUAGAUAUACACCGUGAAUAUAAACUGAAGUUGACUAACAUACGUUCAAGAUACUUCUAGGCAAUGUGUUUAGAGCACCUCCCAAAAGAGCUUCACGUAUGUAUGUAUUUGAGGAAGCAUAAUUCAUAUAGAGGAAGUAUCAAGACACAACUUUGGUUUUGGACUUGUUUUAAGACAUUCUAUGUUUGAGGUGUUUAUGAACACAAGAAGCUCUGAUUCAACUGCCAGUAAAGUCACAGCCUGAGAAAAUGCCAAUUGUUAUUAAGGAAGUAUUUUCUCUAAGAUGGUUUUAUCAACAUCAACAUCUCAUACUGCUCCUUGCUUUGUGGGUGGUAAAAUACAAUUCAUUUCCUGAAACGAUGUAUCCAAUCCAUAUGCAUGAAACCCGGAAGUUAGUAUCCAUGCUGAAAUGUCCAGUCUACUGAGGUGGACCCAAAAAAUGACCACUGAAUGACCACAAGGGUUCAGUCUACUGAAACUCCAUACUGAAAAGUCUGCACAUCCUACUGAUCUGUGGCUAUUCGGAAAAGACCCAGGCCCCUUAAGUUGCAUCCAUGCCUCCUGCCCACUCACAGGCUUGUGUCUGUAGUCCGUCCUACCAAAGAUGAAAGGAGAUACCUAUGCAAGGUGAAAACUAACAAGACAAUAUGUCACUAUAGACACUAGGGGUGCAGAAAUGCAAAAUUUUCUCUAAUCGAUUACUCUUCCCGUUGUUAAAGCGAGUACUCGAGUAAUCGUUUUGUAGUUCUUUUUUUUUUCUGUGAUUCUUUUCCCCCACGGGAGGCCCCGCCCCCAACUAUGACGCGAUGCCGACUGUAUCUAUUGAUUAAUUUGAAUCUUCUGGAUUUUAAUAAUUGUUAGUAAGAUGCCUUUGUAUUAACAUUCAGAUAUGACAUUUCUUACUUCAACAGACAGCAAACCUCAAAUAAAAAUUCACACAGACGUGUUAUGAUCGUUUUAACACUUUAUUAUAAUUAGAGCAGUGAGUAUGGCGAGCGGACGUGCAGACCUCAAUGCGCACUCAUCGCACGUUGAAGCUGUUUUGACAGCAACAUUGUGUUAACAAAGACUACAGUCUGCAGUGUAGAGCACACUUUACUCUGGUAAAUGAAGUUACAAUAGAACAGGUGAACGAUUUAAAGUGUCUGUCUGUUUCAUCUUUCUCCUCUGUGCGUAAUGACACUCGCUCAAUCUCGCUCGUCCGUCCGCUAUGAGCUAUUUCUCCCUAUAAGGUUGUUCCAUUUUGUAGUUAUUAAAAGAAUAAUCAUCUAAAAUUCCAAAAUAUAGUAAAACAUCUAGUUCUGCUGCUCUGUCCUGGAUGAUCAAACGUCAUUGGUUUAGCGGAGUAAAGCGGUAAUCGCAAAGUGAAAGUCCUUUUUCUGUGGACUAAAAAGACAAUUUGAACUGAACUUUUGUAGAUUAUAUUGCAUGUUUUGUUUGUUUGGGACUUUUUGUUCAUUGUGAAUUCAUAGGGGGGUUAAUUAAAGGGAUAUUUUUGUUAGGGUAGCAGCGUACGGAUCAACAACGGACGCGUUUCAGCACAGAGCCUUUAUCAGCUCAUCUAUUUCAUUUUUGCGCUCGUGCUCCUUUUUUUUCUGUUUUGAAUUAGACCUAUCCUAGAACCCACAAUGCAACAAGAAACAUUUACAAAAAUGUGGACUACAAAACGAUUAUCGAUUGCAUUUUUUUUGUAACCGAUUAUUAUUUAAUGAACGAGUACUCGGGUACCCGUGCACCCCUAAUAGACACAUGGGAUGUCCUUUUAUCACUUGAAGUGACAUGUGUUUGUGAGGGCAGCAUCAGCUAAUGCUUUCGUACUUAAUACAUAUUUCAAACAGUUUUUUAGACCAGGACUAUAAAAUACAAACUCAGGAACAAGAGGAACAAGGAGAUAAGAGACUUGAAAUGCAGGGACUAUAGCUCCGGGGGUAAAAGACAGAGAAGGAAGAAAGGCUGCAUAAGGGACCAAGUGACAAAAAUAACCAAGUAAAAACUGGAAGUGGUAACUGAAUACCCUAACAUGAAUUUAAUACAUUACUUAACAAGGAUAGCCCCACUACAUGACGGAUGGCUCGUUUUACUUGUAGGGACCAGAGCUGAGAAAGACCAAUUGGUUUAUCUACAACCCUCACAGCAGCAUUCUUAUAAAAUUCACAGGAUUAAGCCCUAGAACUGAAAAUAUUUUUGCUGUCUUUGCUGUCUCUGUGCAGCAGUGGUUCCAAUUUAAGCUGCUGAGUUCUGCUGAACUUUUUUGUUUAAAAAAAAACAUGUAAAAGCACUGUAAAGAGGAAGUAUUUCAGAAAAGACAAGCAGAGUUAAGUGCGUCUGCAGGCUUUUUUAAAGUCAUUUUUCGGUCUGUCCUUUCACCUGAUACCAGCACCCUACGCAUCAGCCAUGAGGAGCAUACAACAGAGACACCUUUACUUGACCCUGGUCUCUGUACUCUGGACCUCUUCUUUGCCUGCUGCAGGAGUUCAGAUCAGAUUAGCUGGAUCUAGUCAUUGCUCUGGAAGAGUUGAACUCUUCUAUGGCAAUACCUGGGGAACAGUAUGUGAUGAUGACUGGGACAUAAGAGAUGCUAAGGUGGUGUGCAGACAGCUGACCUGUGGGACAGCACUGAGUGCUCCUGGAGGUGCCAGUUUUGGUGAAGGAACUGGCCCAAUUCUGCUGGAUGAUGUGGACUGUUCAGGAAGUGAACAUUCUUUAACUGAGUGUCAAUCCAGAGAAAUUACGAAACACAACUGUAAACACAAUGAGGAUGCUGGCGUGGUCUGCUCAGGUGCUCAGAUCAGAUUAGCUGGAUCUACUAAGUGCUCUGGAAGAGUUGAACUCUUCUAUGGCAGUACCUGGGGAACAGUAUGUGAUGAUGACUGGGACUUAAAAGAUGCUGAGGUGGUAUGCAGACAGCUGAGCUGUGGGACAGCAGUGAGUGCUCCUGGAGGUGCCCUUUUUGGUGAAGGAACUGGCCCAAUCUUGCUGGAUAAUGUGGCCUGUUCAGGAAGUGAAAGUUUUCUAACUAAGUGUCAGUCCACAAAAAUGAAGACACACAACUGUCAACACAAUGAGGAUGCUGGUGUGAUCUGUUCUGUUAGCCUCCCUAAGCCCAGAAUCUCCAUGAUACCUGUUGGUGAGGUUACCUGGGGUCAGGAUAUCGUCAUCGUUUGUUCCAUCACAGCUGAGCUUCGAGGUGGCACAUUCACUCUUCAGAAAAUCCCAGGCUCAUUCACAAUGACGCAAACACCAAGUUCCAACUCUGCUACGUUCAACAUUCUUCAAGUUGACUUGGAAAAUGAAGGAUCCUAUCAGUGUCAGUACAGGAAAAGCAUUUCAAGUCAAAAUUUCAAUUCUGUCCUAAGUGACCCACUCAGACUCUUCAUUAGUGUGAGACUGCAGCAGCCGAGUAUCUCUCUCACAUCUCCUGACAGAGGGCUGGUCUGGAGUCCUGAAGGUGCAGAGGUCACCAUGGGUUACAGAUUUAUCUUCACCUGCUCCAUUAACUGCAGCUAUCCUGAGGGCCAAUUCUUUCUCAUCUCCUCUGACUCCAACACCAUUGCCACAAAGCGAACAGUCAACCACUCGGCCUCCUUUGACUUCCCUGUAGCUGAUUAUAAACACCAGGGCAACUACAGCUGUGUGUAUGAGGUCGAACUGCCUACAAGAAGAUUUAAUUCUACUGAGACUGGACCAAUCAGCGUUAUCAUUAAAUUGCCUCUGUUGCGGAUGGUGUCCUCAGUAGCUGCUGGCUUCCUGCUGCUGCUGCUGCUGCUGGUGCUGCUGGUGGUGGUCUGUCUGGCCUGCGGGAGAAGAAAACAAGCAAAGCAGCCAAACCUUGUCCACGACAAAUUGGCUGUCAGAGUGGGAAAGUAUUGCAAAGAUGAUAAGAUGAUUAUGUAAAUGUGGAAUCGGUGGAAACCAAGGAGAACCUCAAAGGGGAAACAGUGGGUGAGGACAAUAUUUAUGAGGAACCAGAGAGAGUUGAUGAUCAUGAUUCUGAAGAAGUAGGCCUAAAUUCACAUUUGAGAAAGGACAAGGAGGUCUGUCUCAGUGAAGAUGAAAACAGACAAGAGGAAGAAGAAACCAGUGAAGAGGAAGAUGACUAUGAAAAUGUAGAACCACAGAACAACUGAUGGCACUUGUGGAAAGCAUGAGGACAUUUAUCAGAUCUUUUGAGGUUGCCAUGUGUGUUGGGUGAAUUCCAACAUGAAGUUUAAAGCAAUUUGAGUAGUCAGAAUAUUACAAAUUCUAAAGUGCUAACAUUUUAGUUGGUCUUUAUAUGAGGUGUCUGCAGGUUUGUAACAAAUAGCUAUCUAAAAGCAGUAAAAGGCAGUUAUGUUACUUACCCUUUGUAGUAAUUAAAGGCCCCAUUAUAAGAUACAGCCCCUCUGUACUUUUGUCUUACUGUGUGCCCAGAUUAUGUAACGUUUGCCCUUAAUGCAUUUCUGGCAUGCAUGCAAGACUGUGCACUAGUCAUUGUUUAGAUCUAAUCCUAAACCUUGUUUUUUUUAGCAGGAUACAUUGCAUUUUGAAAGUUAUUUUGUACAUUUAUGACUUUCAUUUUGUUAUAAAAUAUCAAAUAAUCUUUAAAGCAUUAUUGUUAGAAAUUCAGAUGUUUCUUUAUUAAGGUGCAAAUCUCACAGAGUACAGAGUAGUGUGUGAGAGGAGUUCAUAGGACUCAAGAACACAUAUUUAUACACAGACAGAAACAACUCAGCAGUUUUUACCAUACAUUCUUCAGAAGAGAAGUUUCUCUUCCAUAAUUAGAGGUCGUUUAUCAUCAAGAUCGUGGGAGGCUUUACACAUCAAGGUUACAUAAGACUGUGUUCAUUAAGGUUACAUAUAAGGCUGGGUUCACUAAGGUUACAUAUAAGACUGUUCAUCAAGGUUACAUAUAAGGCUGUGUUCAUUAAGGUUACAUAUAAGACUGUUCAUCAAGGUUACAUAUAAGGCUGGGUUCAUUAAGGUUACAUAUAAGGCUGUGUUCAUUAAGGUUACAUAUAAGACUGUGUUCACUAAGGUUACAUAUAAGACUGUGUUCAUUAAGGUUGCAUAUAAGGCUGUGUUCAUUAAGGUUACAUAUAAGACUGUUCAUUAAGGUUACAUAUAAGACUGUGUUCAUUAAGGUUACAUAUAAGGCUGUGUUCAUUAAGGUUACAUAUAAGACUGUUCAUUAAGGUUACAUAUAAGACUGUGUUCAUUAAGGUUACAUAUAAGGCUGUGUUCAUUAAGGUUACAUAUAAGACUGUGUUCACUAAGGUUACAUAUAAGACUGUGUUCACUAAGGUUACAUAUAAGGCUGUGUUCAUUAAGGUUACAUAUAAGACUGUGUUCACUAAGGUUACAUAUAAGGCUGUGUUCAUUAAGGUUACAUAUAAGACUGGGUUCACUAAGGUUACAUAUAAGACUGUUCAUUAAGGUUACAUAUAAGACUGGGUUCACUAAGGUUACAUAUAAGACUGUGUUCAUUAAGGUUACAUAUAACGCUGUGUUGGAAUGGAAAUUGGAAUGUCUAUAAAAUGUUUUAUAAUAUAUACAGUAUAUUAAAGAAUAUAU